AUGGAUUUCAAGAGCUUCCAAGUGAUGACGUUCAACACGCUCGCGCAGAGCCUCGUGGACCACAAGUACAUGGAAAACGACCAGACGACGAUGAGCUGGACGAAGAGAAGGCACGAGAUAUACAAGGUGAUCCAGGAGAGCAGCUGCGACAUAGUGUGUCUGCAGGAAAUCGACGAGCUCGACUACAUCAACUUCUUCAAGGAGAAGGUCGAGGAGCUGGGCUACGAGUCAGUGUACAAGAGGAAGCUGCAAAACAGGCUCGACGGAGUGCUGACGCUGUACAGAAGGGACAGGUACGAGCUGGUGCUGAAGAGGGAGCUUAACUUCUCGUCGGAGCAGGAGGAGUACGACAAGCCGCAGGUGGCGCUGAUCGUGGUGCUGAAGGACCUGUACACCACAGAGAACAAGGCGCCAAGAGCGACUAACGAUGGCAUUGCAGGUGCCGGGGCCGUGAAUGGGGGCGUGGACGACAUCCUGAUAGUGGCAAACACGCACCUUAUUUUCAACAAGAGCAGAGGAGACAUAAAGCUGUAUCAGCUGUGCAGUCUGUUGGCAGGGCUUAAGCAGACGUACGACGAAGUAAUGUAUAACGGCUCGAACAGUGGCACUAGUGGUGCUGAAGCAGGGGCAGGUGCGGCUAUGGGCACUGGCUCCGGAACCGGGGGUAGCAUGUUGUUGCCAAACGUGCUCUUGUGCGGAGACCUGAACAUAACGCCUCAGAGUCUCAUGUACAACUUCCUCUUCCACGGAUUCGCGCCCCUGAAGCACACGAACCCGAGGUGCAUAUCAGGCCAGUACCUGAUGUUCGAUAAGACGUACCUGACCUCGUCGAGUGGACACAACGAGUCGGGAGAGACGAUGGGCUCAGUGAGGCACUACGUUAACAGCAACACUGGUAGCAUUAACACUGUUAGUAGUAACACUACCCUGAACACUGGUAGCAUUAACACUGUUAGUGGUGACACUACCCUGAACACUGGUAACACUGACAGUGGUAGUAGUAACAGCAACACUGGUAGCAUUAACACUGUUAGUAGUAACACUACCCUGAACACUGGUAACACUGACAGUGGUAGUAGUAACAGCACAAGUGCCAAUAAAGUAGAUGAAGUAAACGAAGGUGACGACGGCAGCUUCACAGGAGUAAUUGGGCCAUCAGAUAGCGACGGUGCCGCAAACAUUUCCACAGAUCUAGGCGACGCUGUGGUUGGUGGAACAAACGCUAAUUCUGAUAAUACAGCAGUGACGAGAAGUAGUACAGGCAACACAAGCAGUUUCGACGGAGGCGACGAGGUUAUUUACUGCCCACUUAAGCUGUCGAGCGCAUACUCAGUGGAUGACGGAUUCAACUGCGAACCGGCAUUCACAGCAUUCCACGGCUGGCAAAAGGGCUGUGUGGACUACAUUUGCUAUAACCCGGACUACACUCUCCUCGAGGGCAUAUACGAAAUGCCAUUAUACACACAAGUAAGGCAAAACGGGGACCUGCCACACAAGAAAUGGCCCGCGUCAGACCACUUUAGUCUCAUUUCACAAUUUAAACGUAUCAAGUAA